AUGUCGUAUCCCUAUCUCACUUCCUUCAAAGCACUGUCAUUUGACGUCUAUGGCACCCUUAUCAACCAAGAACCCGGGAUGGUCCGUGGCUUGCAGCCCAUUCUAUCUCGCCUCACAGAUGAUAGCCCUUACAAGACAAACCCACUGUCACUCAUGCAACGUUUCAGUGUAUUUUAUAGGAGUCUUGCGGCCAAUGAGCCGACUCUGCGUUUCAAUAUCAUCCUUCAACGCUCGUUCAAGGACUUAGCAGAAGAAUUAGGAGUCGAUGUGUCCGAGUCAGAUAUUGAAGAGAUUGGCAACACACCCGGCACCUGGGAGCCAUUCCCAGACACAAUCGCCGGGAUGCAGACCCUCAAGAAAUACUACAAACUCAUUGCCGUGACCAACAUGGACAACGCCAACGCUGCAGCGACGAUGAAACGUCUUCAGCCCGCAGAGUUUGAUAAAGUUUACACAGCCGAAGACAUCGGCAAUUACAAACCUGCCAAAGCCAACUUUGACUACUUGUUUGAUCACGUCAAGAGCGAUCUGCAAAUCAACAGGGACCAGGGAGAAUUACUCCAUGUAGCCCGAAGUCUAAUCGCCGAUCAUGUCCCCGCGAAGCAACUGGGUCUUCCGAGUGUUUGGAUCUGCCGAGGCGGAGAUAAGAAAGGAAGUUACGGAACAGGCGGCGAUUAUGAGGCAUUGAAGAAAGACGUCGCGUUUGAAUGGAAGUUUGAUAACAUCGCGGACUUUGCCGAGGAAGUGGAAAGGCAGUUCGGUGAGAAGAGUGCUUGA